CACACACAUACACAGAGGAUCCAAAAAGAGGUGUGGAAAGGAAGUUUCUCUGUACAAAGGAUCUGCCAAUCUGUGAAAGCGCUCUCCUGUCUUACAAAGGCCAAAACUCUGCUGAUGAAAAAGUAGAACUGUUCAGAGAAUGCUAAAUGAACCACAGUUGUUCCCCUGAAUUAUCUGGAUACUUAUUCACCUCUCUGAGUGUCCAGUUUACACCCCAUCACAUGCCCACCAGGCCACUCCCGGUGGCUCUUGUCCCUCCGGGCGUCCGGCGGUCCUGCUCCCUGCGCGCCAGGGUCAAGUUCCCCCGCCGAGCCCGGGCGGUAGGGCCCACGCCGCUCUUGGGCCCCCGGGCAUUGGUCACUAUAAGCUGAGCAGCGGGACACAAACGAAGAGUCUGAGCCUCUAGGCGGGAUACCGCGGAGUCCUCUGAACUUUGCGCCCACGGCGAGGCGGGGGCCGAACCUCGCGCUGCGCCGGGGCUCUCGCGCGGGUUCCCGGGGAAGCGCGAGGACAGCGGGUCUCCGCGGUGGGGGCACCGCUCAGCCUGCGGCUCCUUCCCGGCACCAGCCGCCCCGCAGCCGGGAGCGGGCGCCUAACCCGGAGCACGGCCGGCCGCCCAGCUCUCCCCGGCGGCCCCGCGCACCCUGCGGGAGGAGCCGGCCGCCGUGACGCGUCAGGGAGGAAGCGCCAGCGCCCGGCGGCCCUGCCGGGAAGGAGGAAGCGCGAGUGCGCUCGGCUCCGCGCCCGGCGCGCGGGGAGGCAGCACCGCGGAGCCGGGGAAGGCCUGAGGCGUGAUGUUCUCCUUUAGUUCUGCUCCUCCGGACCACGCACGGUUGCAUGAUGGAAUUUGAACAUUACCUCAAGAGGUUUUAUGUUUUGGAUUAGCUAAUUGUGUUUGUCCUCUGCUGACUAUUUCUUCGGACUCACUUUUUGGUGUCCUUUUGAGGCAGUAAACUCAAAGGGAUUAUACCAUGGACUACAAGGAAAGCUGUCCAAGUGUAAGCAUUCCCAGCUCUGAUGAACACAGAGAGAAAAAGAAGAGGUUUACUGUUUAUAAAGUUCUGGUUUCAGUGGGCAGGAGUGAGUGGUUUGUCUUCAGAAGAUAUGCGGAGUUUGAUAAGCUUUACAACACUUUAAGGAAACAAUUUCCUGCUAUGGCCCUGAAGAUUCCUGCCAAGAGAAUAUUUGGUGAUAAUUUUGAUCCAGAUUUUAUUAAACAGAGAAGAGCGGGACUGAAUGAAUUCAUUCAGAACUUAGUUAGGCAUCCAGAACUUUACAACCAUCCAGAUGUCAGAGCAUUCCUUCGAAUGGACAGUCCAAAACAUCAGUCAGAUCCAUCUGAAGAUGAGGAUGAAAGAAGUACUCAGAAGCUACACUCUACCUCACAGAACAUUAACCUGGGACCAUCUGGAAAUCCUCAUGCUAAACCAACAGACUUUGAUUUCUUAAAAGUUAUUGGAAAAGGCAGCUUUGGCAAGGUUCUUCUUGUAAAACGGAAACUGGAUGGAAAAUUUUAUGCUGUCAAAGUGUUACAGAAAAAGAUAGUUCUCAACAGAAAAGAGCAAAAACACAUUAUGGCUGAACGUAAUGUGCUCUUGAAAAAUGUGAAACAUCCAUUUUUGGUUGGAUUACAUUAUUCUUUCCAAACAACUGAAAAGCUUUAUUUUGUUCUGGAUUUUAUUAAUGGAGGGGAGCUGUUUUUUCACUUACAAAGAGAACGGUCCUUUCCUGAACACAGAGCUAGGUUUUAUGCUGCUGAAAUUGCCAGUGCAUUGGGUUAUUUGCACUCCAUCAAAAUAGUGUACAGAGACUUGAAACCAGAAAAUAUUCUUCUGGAUUCAGUAGGACAUGUUGUCUUAACAGAUUUUGGGCUUUGUAAAGAAGGAAUUGCUAUUUCUGACACCACAACAACAUUUUGUGGGACACCAGAGUACCUAGCACCUGAAGUAAUCAGAAAACAGCCCUAUGACAAUACUGUAGAUUGGUGGUGCCUUGGUGCUGUUCUGUAUGAAAUGCUGUAUGGAUUGCCUCCUUUUUAUUGCCGAGAUGUUGCUGAAAUGUAUGACAAUAUUCUUCACAAGCCCCUAAGUUUGAGGCCAGGAGUGAGCCUUACAGCCUGGUCAAUUCUGGAAGAACUCCUAGAAAAAGACAGGCAAAACCGACUCGGUGCCAAAGAAGACUUCCUUGAAAUUCAGAAUCAUCCUUUUUUUGAAUCACUCAGCUGGACUGAUCUUGUACAAAAGAAGAUUCCACCACCGUUUAAUCCUAAUGUGGCAGGACCAGAUGAUAUCAGGAACUUUGACGCAGCGUUUACAGAAGAAACAGUUCCAUAUUCCGUGUGUGUGUCUUCUGACUAUUCCAUAGUGAACGCCAGCGUACUGGAGGCUGACGACGCUUUUGUUGGUUUCUCUUACGCACCUCCUUCAGAAGACUUAUUUUUGUGAGCAGUCUGCCAUCAAGAACCCAUUGAGCAAAUAUAAGCCUACAGAUGAGACGGAAACUCCUGUUUGCGUGAAUAUGUUCAAAUACGUUUAACUAGUGCCUCAUUUUUACAUGUAAUGUUGAAAACUAUGAAAAAUGUAUUUUCUGCUGUAUGCGAGAAAAUAGGGCAUUUCAGAGAACUAAGUUCUGAAUUAAAAUUUGUAUUCUUGUUUAUUAAGCUUAUUUUUAAACAGAAAUUUUAAAAGCUACUGUUCUUAGCAUUAACCUAUUUUUAAAGAAAACUUUUUUGCUAAUGACUGGUCUUUUUUCCCUCUAGGUUUAUGCUAACAUCUACCCAAGAUAGACUGUUUUUUAACAGUCUGUUUCAGUUCAGUUAACAUACAUUAAUGCCUUCAUAGCUCUCUACUUUGAGUUCUCAGAUCACAACUAUGCAAUUGGUACAUGGUUGUUUAAGAAGAAACCAUAUCUUUCCAUAAUGAAUCACUGUUUGACAUAAUCAUUUCUUGGUAGGAUUAAAAUAUAAAAGCAUAGUUAACUCAUUGGCUGCUACCUAACGCUUUGAGUAACUGUUCAUUCUGCAGAUCAAAUUAAGAAGUAACAAAAGGAAAUCCUAUGCUUUUGAAAUACCAGUUCAAAUUUGUGAAUUAUUUUUCCUCUGGAGGAAAAGUAAAAGUUUAAUAGUUAGAAAUUUUAAGUAUUCCCAAAGCUCUGAAGGGAAAUAAAGUACUGCUGGAUUUUUUUUUGAGGCGGUGCCAAAAAUGAAUGUCUCUGUGUCAUGUAUUUAUGUUACCAAUACAUUCUAUUUAUGUUCUUUUUGGUCUUUUGAAUAUUUAAUAUAUUGUUAAGUAGGUCUAAAUCUUGGUAUUUGCUUUUGCAAAUACCUUUUCAAAACUAUCUUCCUAAUUGGUUGAUAAGUAAAAAAUACUGCACUGUCUAGAGUAUUUACCUAAUUGGGAAUUAAAAAGCAGAAUAGCAAAUUAUGGGUCAGUAUAAAUGUAUACAGUUUUACUACAAUGUAACAAAAGUUAAAAGUAAUUUAGGCAGAUGCAUAGUCAGUAUCUUAGAAAAAGUACAGGAAGCUGACCUUAAAAUCAUACUAAAAACCAACUAACUUGUAUACUUGUAAUUGUAAAAAAGAAUAUCUACAGAAAAACUAAAACUCAUGCUUACCUUGGGAUUCUGAUUCUUAGUUUAGAGAUUUUUCAGGUCUUGUAGGAAACUGUGAAAGAGUUUAGUGACGCAGUUUUGAUGCUUCAGGAACAAGCAUACUUUCCAUGUGUGUUCUCUUGAGAAAGAAAGUACAAAAACUUUUCACACGAAUACCCUUUAGCGUAAAAUUGUUCAGCAGAAGAGGGGGAGGCAGAGUGUACUUUUGUUAGAUUAGUAAUAUUUGCAUCCAAUACACUGAAUCUUCCUUUAGAGGCAAGACUUUAAUAGCGACACUGUAAAUAUUUGGUUUAUUUGGCACUACUGUAAGUUCUGCUUUUAUACAAAGCUCUUUGCUUAUUAUAAAACAAAAACUGUAGUUUCUUGUAUGAUUUUUUUUUACUCAGCCGUUCCUUAAUUAAACUGCCAAAAAUUAAAGUGCAAUAUUGUAUAUUUUUAAGAAUAAAUUUUAAAUAGAAUAUUGAUGUUUCUCAGAUCACAAGAAAUACAAAUCUUAUAUAGUAUAAUAAA